AUGGAUCGAUUGACGAAGACGAAACAAAAAUUACAACGUCUGUCGAACGAACAGAUAAAGAAACUACUGAAGAGAUCAAUCGACGAAGCCAGUGUGCGAUUGAUGAGCAGAUCACAGCUGUUAGAAACGUGGGCAACAAUUUUGGCGGACAGCGUUGAUUCUCCAUGCAGUAUUGCGACGGAGGGCGCUGUGUCGAAAGAUACUGAAGGUGGAUUGACCUUAUACGAAAGGAAACAGUUAGAAAUGGAAUAUAAGCUUCGAGAAGCGGAGAUUGUUAGACAACGAGAAAAAGAUGAGAGGGAAUAUAAGCUUAUAGAAGCAGAGAUGGCCAGACAGCGUGAAAGAGAUGAAGCAGAGAUGGCCAGACAGCGAGAAAAAGAUGAAGCCGAAUUCAGGCUUAAGAGCCAAGAAUUAGAGAUUCGACGACUAGAGGUAGAAGGUAUGAUUAAUCGAAGAGUAGCCAUGAGGCUAGUGAGGAUAAUGCAACUAAUGAAACUAAUGCAACAGACUCGAUUUUUCGCGGAGUCGUUAAAACAUCUGAUAGGAACUUGUCCGUUAGAGCCAAGAGAUAUUCCUGCAUUCUUUGAACACGUAGAAAAAAUUUUCCGAAACUAUCACGUAGACGGAGAAAUUCAAGCCAAUUUGUUGAUAAUGAGUUUGAACGAAAAGGCCAAAACAUGGUUGCAUAUUAUUUCUGCCGACGGUCUGAAGGAUCAUAGCGAAAUUAAAAGACUCAUUCUGCAGGAGUUCAGGUUAAACCCGACAAAAUUGAGAGAUGAAUUCUUCGCCCUGAGAAGACAGAAAAGCGAAUCGUACACAAGUUUCGGGGCGAAAUUAUACGGCACGCUGAACCACUAUUUUCAAAGCCGUAACAUUACGGGAUUAGAAGAUGCAAUGAAAUUGAUAUGUGCAGAUAGAAUGAAAGAGUUGCUAUCAUGGCAUACUCUGGAAUUUAAUUUGUCACAAGAGCAAGCAGCUUCCUGGAUGAGUCAUGACGUGUUGGCACAAACGAUCGACAAAUAUGAAGCUGCUAUGAACAUGAAAACCUGUUUUUCUUGCGGGAAGAUCGGUCAUAUUGCGAAGCGCUGUACAUGGAAAAGAAGAGAUACACUUACGGCCACUAGAAACGUCAUGCGUUGCGAAACGAACAAAGAAACACAAAGACCACAACAAAAACGACAACAGCAGAGGCAGCCAAAAAAGCAACCGCAACAACAUCAGGAACAAACUAAUGAUGAAAUAACAAAUUAUAAAAGUAUUGACAACAUCAGCUCCUCAAAAUAUGAUCUUAAAUUUUCUGGUGAGACUCUACCAUCCAGAUCGUCCAAUGCCGAGAAUUUUUCGGAGAGCCUCAAAACUCCUGCGAAGCCGUCGACAUCAAGACAAGUUCCAGUAGAAUUUAAGUCAACAUACGCGUCCUUAGCAUCGUCGACAGCCAAUGAAAGAAGUUACACAGUUUCAGAAAGCUUGUCAGUGGCGUGUGUAACGUUGGAACACCCAUCCCAUGAGCUACUGAAGGACAACAACUUAACCUGGCACAAGUACAAUUCUUACCGAGCCAAGUGCCUCAAGGAUCGUCAGAAGGUAGGGAUCGGGCAGUCUACAGAAAUGAACACUCUUUUCAGGUUUUGGUCAUUUUUUUUUCGUCACCACUUUCACCGAAAAAUGUACGAGGAGUUCAGGCAACUUGCCAUUGAAGAUGCCAUAAAGGGUUCAGGUAUGAUUUGGAAUGUCUGUUUCGAUUCUAUAGCUAUGGUUUGGAGAAAAGAUAUCGACCUGACUUGUUUGAGCACUUCCAAGAGGAAACCAUCAAAGAUUAUCAAAAUAGCCAGUUAUAUGGCCUGGAAAAGUUCUGGGCUUUCCUCAAAUAUUCAAGGAAGCAUGUGCUGGCCCCCAAUGAAUUAUAUGACCAGAGUCAGACAGGACUCAGAAAGAUCAGAUCCAUCAAGGAAUAGAGUGGUGGCCAACAUCACCAGCAACCUGAGAUGCGAAGCUGUGCCAAUGCCAGACUAUACAAUGCCCGACAACUCGCCUGUUUUCAUUUCUAACGGACCUCUCAACGACAACGGUGAUUUAAAGGGUAGAAAUGUCCGUGAGGAUGAAGCUAAUGUUGAUGUGAAUAUUCAACAUCAAAAGGCGGGUCGUAUGUUGGCCAUGCCUGCUCCAUCCCAUUAUGACCAGUAG